AUGAAACUCGCUACGAUCGGCUCCAUCGCCGCUGCCAUUUCUUGUGCCUCUGCCAUUGGUGAAUUGGGUUUCAACAUCGGUGUCAAGAACAAUGACGGCACUUGCAAGAGUACCCAGGAUUACGAAAAUGAUUUCAACACCUUGAAGGGCUACACCAACACCAUCAAAGUCUACGCUGCUUCCGACUGCAAUACUCUGCAGAACAUCGGUCCAGCUGCGGAAAAAGCCGGGUUCGGCAUCUUUUUGGGUGUGUGGCCUAACGAUGACGCCCACUACGCAGCUGAGAAGGCAGCGUUGCAGAACUACCUGCCAUGGAUCAAGUCCUCUACCGUGCGUGGUAUUUUGGUCGGAUCGGAAGCUUUGUACCGUGGCGAUCUAACCGCCUCGGAACUUUCCGACAAGAUCAACGACAUCCGUAGCUUUGUCGCUAACAUCAAGGAUUCUCAGGGCAACUCGUACUCCGGACACCCCGUCGGUACCGUUGACUCUUGGAACGUGCUUGUUGACGGAGCUAACGCAGAUGUUAUCAAGUCGUCUGACAUCAUGAUGGCUAACGCUUUCUCCUACUGGCAAGGCCAGACCAUGCAGAACGCUUCUUACUCGUUCUUCGACGACAUUAUGCAAGCCAUGCAAACUAUUCAGUCGACCAAGGGCACAGACAUCCCAUUCUGGGUUGGUGAGACUGGCUGGCCAUCGGACGGUACGAACUUUGAAGAGUCUUACCCAGGUGUUGAGAAUGCUCAGCAAUUCUGGAAGGAGGGUAUUUGCGCCAUCAGAGGCUGGGGAGUCAACGUUUUGGUUUUCGAAGCCUUUGACGAGGACUGGAAGCCAAACACCUCUGGAACUUCUGACGUUGAAAAGCACUGGGGUGUGUGGUCGUCUGGCGACUCCUUGAAGUAUUCCUUGGACUGCGAAUUUUAA